UCAAACAACUAAAUAAGUCAAAAAACAGCUUUUAAGUCAGUUUGACCAGCUUUUAAGCUGAGCCAAACAGACUCAAAUAUCUCGUUGGAAUAGCUUUUCUAACUUCCUUUUUUUUUUAUUAUUAUUCUUCUACUUCACCAUAAUCACUAAUGAGCCCUUGAUGUGACCAAAUUUAUCAAUUCUAUCCUUCAAAAGUGACAGAAUUGACAUGUUUGGUCCUUUUCACCCUUUAUUGACUUGAUGCACAUGUUCACAAGAAGGCUUGUUAGUAUAAAUUAUACAUGUUACUAAAAGUCAAAUGAACGUGAUGAUGUGAUUUGUCAAAUAUGGAUGUACUGAUAAUUUACGUGUAAAAAUUUAAGUAAUAUUCUCUCUAUUUGAAAUUUUUUGUCACUCUUCGUAUUUCAUCAAAACUACAUUAAUCUGUUGGUUGUAUUUUUUAUAGAAGAACAUAAUACUUUUCAUAUAAUUUUCAUAUAUCUAAAUUUUAAUUAUUAUAUUGUUAUCUAUUAAAAACAUUUUCACCACCUCAUAAAGGUAGAGGUUUAAUAUAGAAAAAUAUUUUACCUUCUUCCGACUUCACUUUUAUGUUUACAUUAGAUAUGUUAUCAUUAAUGUUUGAAUCUUGUAAGACGAAGAGUGAUAAGUAUUUUGAGACAGAGGAAAUACGAAGCAACAAGAUGAUAAUGAAAAACAUUAAUAUAUAUCUUCAUAAUCAAGUUUCUUCCCAACUUAAAAAAAAAAAGGAAACUACCUAGCUAGUACACUUUAGUUGAAUAAAACUACUUUUAUGGACCAUCAAAACCAUAAUGUUUUGGGCCUUAGAAAUUCUGAGGCCCAAAGGUUAUAAUCUGCAAAGCCCAUAUUAGAUCAAAGCCCAUAGCCCAUAUGAUUGAGGCCCAGCCCACAAUCACUUAUGUGCAUACAUUUGACCAUGGCCCUAAGAUGCAUCAGGCCUCGAGCCACAACCAUCGAACCUUGAUCUUGCAUUAUUUAUAACGGACUUUAAGAUCGGGUCUAAAUUACAGAUACCUUUCGUUGUACUAUUGAAAUAUUAGUACUCCUGGCGCCCAUCCAAAAAUUAGAUCGUAUAUACCUUUCACUCUAACGAAAGACUAUGUAAAAAUACAUGUAUAUCUGUUAGUAUAAAGAGUAUAUAUGACUUUUUGAAAAGUUACUCAUAAGUUAUAACUAUUCAGCAACUAAUAUAAAUGUAUUAUAAUAAAUGAUAUUUCUUAUAGUAAUACACAAAAUAAAAUACUAAUCUAGUUUCUUAUAUCUCCAAAGUCAUUUCACCUUAAUUAUUGGACUAUAUAGAGUUUUUCUUUUUUAAACGAUCGUGAUGAUCGGGCUAGGAUAUAUUUUUCUGAUGGCAUUUUAAUGUCUAUGUUGAGAAUUAAACCUAAAAUCUGAUAAUUCUCAACUAUUUUAUUGAUCAUUAAGUCAGAUCUUUAAGUACGAUUGUUUACUUUUGAUACUCAUAUGUUUCUAUGUCUUACCCUAGAUACUAUUUGUCCAUUAUACUUGUCAAAAACCUAACUAUUGAAAAAUAUAAUUGAACCCUAAAGGUCCAAAUUGUGACUUUUUUUUUUUUAUGACUACUCUCUACCUAAAAAAAGUGCAGAAGAAUAAUAUUUGCAUUACUAUUACUUAGUUUCCUCCAAAUUCAAAGACAAGUACAACAUCUUUAUCUAAUAAUUAUUUAUUCUCAUGGUCAAUGAGAUGAAAAGAAUCAUUUCAAAUCCUAGUAGAGACAAAAAAAAAAUAAUUUUACGUGAGUGAAAAUUGUUUUAUAUUUAUCGAAGUUUUGAUGGAUAGGCAGCAUUAUGAUUUCGAAAUCAUAAGUUCAUAAUUCUAGAAAUGAUAAUUUUAAUGUGUUUUCUGACUAAAUUUACUUAUAAAUACUAAGUAAAUCUUUUAAAACAGACUUAUGGUCUAGGCCAAAACUACUCCUCUUUGUCGAACACAUAAGUAGACUUACAACGUUGCCUUUAUUGGUUGACAGAAUUAUCCGAUAUUUAUGUUAGUUGAAUGCAUAAUAACGUAUACCUGAUGAUAUAAUCGAGAUACGUAUAAGCUAGUCCAUACAGACGAUUAAUUAAGAAAAGAAAUUGUUUAUUAGGGGGAUGACUUGCUUGGACACGUCAUUGUUUUGUUUGGAACAAUCUAUGAGAGUUUGGUUUGGAUUUUGAUGUUUUAUUUACUGUUUAUGAUAUGUUAUUAUUGUGUAGAAAAUACGUAGACCUAAUUUAGAAAUGCAUUUUUAUUAUUUUUUUUUUCUUCAUCUCUCUUACAAAUUAUCAUAAGAUAUUUAUGGACAAAUUUGAUAUUAUGACUAACAACUAAUCAUUAUUGAAUUAUAUUAAGAUUAACUAAACAAAGUAAACUCAUAUUAGCAAAAUAUUCAAUUAAGUUGUACCAAGAAUAUGGUAUGAUUAUUUUAAUAAUUUGAAUCUACCUUUCUUUUUAAUGUCUUUCUUAAAUAUUGAUGGAUGAAGAGACACCAAACUAAUACUAAUUAAUUUUCGCCCAUAGUUACACCAAACUAUACUAAUUUAUCAUUGUUAACUUAUAAAAAUAAAAUGAAAAUAUGUAUUAAUUAUCUAUAAUUUCGUUUUAAGAAUAUACUAACUACUUGAGUCAUGUAUUAAUCACGUUAUGUGCAUAUAAGUUUUUAUUUUAAUCUUGAUACACAAUGAAUGUCGCUCGAACUUUUUAAAAUUAUAGGAACCGAUACAUAUUUUGAUUAACUUUUUAAAACUAUAGGAACCGAUACAUAUUUUGAUUAAUGAUCCGCAUUAGCGAAGAGUCUGAACAAUAUAGCUCAUUGCAUAAUACAAUUUCCUUACUAGGGAGCAGAUAUUUUGAUUUAAUAAUUAAAUGGAUUCAAGUGUCAAAAAGAACAUUCAAAAGGAAGAAAAAAAUAGUAUUCCCAUUCGCCCCAUUUUAUAAGACACUUUUUUUUAAUUCAUCUAAAAAAGAAUAUCAUCUUACUAUAAUUAAAAAUAAUUUAACUUUAAAAUUCUCUUUUUAUCUUAGUGAAAUGAUUUACGAUUAUCACAAAUUUCAAAAGAAACUAUUUGAGAUGCACGAAAACUCACCUGGACCUGGACACCAUGAUCAUUAAAAAAGUCUUUUUUUUUCUUCUUACACACUGUAUGAAGUUAAACGAUGUCACGUAAAAUGAGACGAACGAGUAGAAUAGAGACGAGUAGAAAGAAUAGAGGUGGCAGGUAGAGAAGAAAGAAGACUAGUUAUGCUAUCAAGAAAAGAGGCUGCAUGGUCAACAAUACAGUUUACCUGCAAGACUAAUCACAAAGAAGAAACCUCUUUUUUCUCCUUUAUGCUUCAAACACAUUAGCUUCAAAUUCACCAAAAAAAAAAUUAUUUCUAAUAAUCAACAACAACAACAAACAAGUUUUUGGGAAAGCCAAGAAGUUCAAGAAAGCUCCUUUUUAACACUUGAACAAUUUUAUUUUCUUCCCAUACAAAUAUUACACAAAGGGACUAUUAUGGUUGGUGUGUUAGCUCAUCUUCUCACCUCCCUCUCUAGAUAUUGAUUCUCUACCCUCUUUUCAUCUCAUUCUACUAUGGAACUUCCGGUCUCGACACCGGAUUCUGGUGGCAAGAAGAAAGGUUCUUAUACUAUAGAAACAAGAAAUCUUUCCUACGCACUACCUACUAGUUUAUAUGAUGAGGUAAGUGGGAUUUUUUGCUGCAAGAAUCCUAAGAGGCCUCAGAAGUUCAUCAUAAAGGAUGUAAAUUGUGAAGCAAGGCCAGGAGAGAUUACAGCUAUUGCAGGUCCUAGUGGGGCUGGAAAAACAACACUACUAGAGAUUCUUGCAGGGAAAAUAUCACCAACAAAAGUUACUGGAGAGGUACUAGUUAAUGGUCAUCCUGUGAAUGCCAAGUGUUUUCGGAGAUUAUCGGGUUAUGUGACACAAGAAGAUGCCCUGUUUCCUCUGCUCACAGUUGAAGAAACACUCAUGUAUAGUGCUCUUCUGAGGCUACAAGGUGGAAAAAAAGAGGCUGCAAAUAGAGUUGGAGUGUUGAUCAAGGAGCUUGGUUUGGAACAGGUUGCUGGUGCAAGAGUUGGGCGAGGAGCAAACAGGGGAAUUUCGGGUGGUGAAAGGCGAAGGGUGUCGAUUGGAGUUGAGUUAGUACAUGAUCCUGCUGUCAUUCUCAUUGAUGAGCCAACUUCUGGGCUGGAUUCAGCAUCAGCACUUCAUGUUAUAUCACUUCUUCAAGUGAUGGUAGCUCAUCAAGGCAAGACAAUUGUCUUGACUAUCCAUCAACCUGGUUUUCGGAUUCUUGAACUGUUUGAUCGACUUGUUUUGCUCUCGAAUGGGGGUGUACUUCACAAUGGCUCCUUGGAGCAUCUCGAAGAGAGGAUCAAGUUUUCCGGUCUCCAGAUUCCACCCCACAUCAAUGUGCUUGAAUUUGCCAUUGAUGUCACAGGCAGCAUUGUCAUUCAAACUUCAGAAACUCCCAAUGUCCAUUUUCAUAUCAAGGAUCAGGGCGAAAAGAAGGAAAGUCUAAGGAAAGAUGAUGAGGGAUUUACAGUUUCCAACCACAAUGAUAUGGUAGAUAAGUGUCCUUCCUACGCAAAUUCCUACGUUGAGGAGAUUUCAAUACUAGGAGGAAGAUUUUGCAAGAACAUAUUCAGAACCAAGCAACUCUUUGCAACCAGAAUAAUACAAGCAUUGGUAGCAGGCUUUAUACUGGGAUCAAUAUUUAUGAAUGCUGAUAACAAUCUAGGGCAGGUUGCUUUACAAACAAGACUAGGAUUCUUCGCGUUCAGUCUAACAUUCUUGCUGUCCACCAUGACAGAAGGUUUACCAAUUUUCUUACAAGAGAGAACAAUCUUUAUGAGGGAGACUUCAAGAGGAGCAUACAGAGUAUCCUCUUAUGUUGUGGCAAACACAAUCGUCUUUCUUCCAUUCCUCUUAAUGGUUGGGCUUCUCUACACUGUCCCGGUUUACUGGCUCGUUGGUCUAAGGGGAAGCAUGGAUGGGUUCCUCUACUUUGCUAUGGUGGUCUGGAUAGUUCUCUUAAUGUCAAAUUCUUUCACUGCGUGUUUCAGCGCACUUGUCCCAACCUUCAUCAUGGGAACAUCUAUUAUAGCUGGCUUGAUGGGGUCUUUCUUCCUGUUCUCAGGCUAUUUCCUUUCAAAAGAGAAGAUACCUAGUUACUGGAUCUUCAUGCACUACCUAAGUCUGUUUAAGUACCCGUUCGAGUGCUUCUUGAUAAAUGAGUAUGGAGGCAAGGGAGGGAAAAGAUGUUUAGAAAGUGAAAGAGGAGAGUGCAAAUUGUUCGCGAUUGACUUCUUGAAACAGCAAGACCUCAAAGAAUCACUGAAAUGGACCAACUUAGCAGUGAUGCUGAGUUUCAUCUUGGGUUACAGAGUUCUCUGUUAUCUAAUUUUGUGGUGCAGAUGUUACAGAACCAGAAAUUAGGCUUUUCAUUCUUUUGUAUUUCUACAGUUUUCAUUUGUUUCUUUUUCUGAUAAUUAAAUUGAUUGGGCAAGUACAUGUAGUUUACACUGAAGAAGAUGCAUUAGUCAUUGAGGUGAAUAUUCAUUUUUCAUGUUCAGAGUUCAAAUGAAAUAAAAAUUUCCUACUGUUAUAAUUCUGUAAGGAUUAGGUCCUACAAACUUUGUUUUACAGGAGAAAACCAACAGCAAAAGGAGACUCAUUUCUUUGUCAUUCACUAUCAAUGUCAUCUAUGUCUUUCAGGCUAUGAUGCUAAGACUCUUCAAAAUUAUUGUCGGAUCCUCCAAAAUAGUGCAGUCCAACACAGGUGCAGCAUCACUUUUGAAGAAUCCGAGCAACAUAGCCUUCAGGCACAGGUAGAGUUUAGUGUGUACUGCUGGUGACCAUGUGAAUAGUAUUGUAAGAUAAAUAAGUGAUGCUGGUGACCAAGUGAAUAGCAUGGCAAAAUAAUAAAUGAUGUGCAAGGAGAAAUUGCUCAAGGCAUUUGUAUUGAACUUAUAGACUAAUACUGGAAGUUUCAUGGAAGCUUUAUGCUUACAAGUUACAAAUGAUUGCAUUUCCAAAAAAAAACUCUCAUGGUACAAUUGCGACAUUUACUUAAAUAGAAAGAAAAAGGAAAUA